AGCAGGCGGCGGGCGGGGGAGGCGCUGUGGGCUGUGUGCGCGUCGGCGGCCGCCGCGCUCGGUCCGCGCCGGGACGCGCUCGGUGCGGCCGCGGUUUCUGUGAACUCCCUUGCUCCCUGUGCCCAGAUCUCUUCCUGUGGAGCAUCACCAGCGUGUGGAGCCUGCCCCACACACCCCUCCCCUGCCAAACCACGGCCUUUACCUGCGUGUUCCGGUGUUUCCCGUGCGACCCGUCCUGCGGGAGCGCCUCCUGGGCCACCCCCGAGUUCAGCCAGCGCUCCGUGGCUCCAAUGGUGAAGAUGACAAGGUCCAAGACUUUCCAGGCGUAUCUGCCUUCGUGCCACAGGACCUACAGCUGCAUCCACUGCAGGGCUCACCUGGCCAACCACGAUGAGCUCAUUUCCAAGUCCUUCCAGGGCAGCCAAGGACGAGCGUACCUCUUCAACUCCGUAGUUAACGUGGGCUGUGGCCCUGCAGAGGAGCGGGUGUUAUUAACAGGACUGCACGCCGUGGCAGAUAUUUACUGUGAAAACUGCAAAACCACGCUGGGCUGGAAAUAUGAACACGCUUUUGAAAGCAGCCAGAAGUAUAAAGAAGGCAAAUACAUCAUUGAACUAGCUCACAUGAUCAAGGAUAAUGGCUGGGAUUGAGUGGAGGAGCCCAGCCCUAGCAGCGUGUAAGAGAAUGCCAUCCAACCGAACAUUAUAUCCAAGAGUGAGAGAGUGACUGAACGCUUGGUUCCAUGCAUUUAGAGGCUCUGCAAUCCGGGAGCAUCUUCACACCCUUCUCCAUCUUUAUUGGUGACUGGCCUCUAAAUUUCUGUCUCUCUGUCUCUUUGCUUUGUAUCUGUUUGUGAGUUGACCCUGGCUGCUUCUCUCUCUGUUCUGGCGUUGGCUCAGAGAAUGCUCCGAAUGCCCGACAGCCAUUCCACGUGCCCAGUGCUCGAUCCAGCCCGACCUGGGCUCUCCUGGCACCUCCCCGGGUGUGGGAGGAAGACCCCGAGGUUUGGGCAGGAGAAGGUGGGAGAGGGGUGGGGGAGUGGGGAACCAUCAGAAGGUGACGCUGGGCUUCUCCUUUCAGUCCUGGUUAAGCAAGGCUUGAAACCAUCUCCUUGUCUAAGUGGACAGAGAAAUACCUACUUGUCUAAACGGACAGAGAAAUGUCUACUUGUGUAAAUGGAUAGAGAAAUAUCUACUUGUCUAAAAAGGACAGAGAAAUAUCUCCCUGUCUAAAAGGACAGAAGUUACCUCACGGCUGCGUUUUCUCCAAAUCCAUCGGCGGAGCCUCAGCCCGAGCUGGCUGAGCCCCAGGCAGAACCAGUUCCCCCCACAAUCUGUGUUUUGUUUGCUAUUUAUGGACUCGUUGUUUGAGGGGGCAGCACCUGGAGGCUGGAGAGAUUCCCUGCCUCUCCUUUUUGUCGCUGGUUCAGGGUAGGGAGGCCGUGGGGAGCGUCCUCACGGCCGGACAAACCAAAUCCUGACCCCUGAGCCCUUCAGAGAGGAGGAGAAAACCACUGCAGGCACAGGGAGGCUGGAGCUGCAGCUCAGAAAAUGUGGCGGGGUGAAAAAAGGCACGUGUGAGGCAAGGAGGAGGCAAUUCCUAGAGGAGGAUGGGGACAAACAGUGACAGAGGGUACCCCCGGAUUUCCUGGCCUCCCCUGAGCACCCUUGGCGGUGUUUUACCAACCUUUCACAAGUGCAAGGAGGAAAAUGCUGUUACAGAACCUUUUCCUUGAAUCCCAGGCUCCAGUGGGGGAGCCUGGCACAGAAAUGGGGCGAGGAGGGAGCCGAGUUCUGGGGUUGUGCUGCACAGGUGGAUAUUUCCAGGUAUCCUCCCCAAAUGGUUCCCCCUGUUCCCACUCCCAGAAGGCCACUGCAGGAGAAUGGGAAAUAAAAAAAAGAAAUUAAACAUCUCCCCACCACCCUGGAAUGAUCUCUGCCUGCAGGGGAAGAUGUGGGUGUCAGAACUGCAAAGGACAAUGAGUCCUUCCCGUUUGGAUUUUUCCGUGGUGAUCCCUGAGCACCUUCCCGAGGUGGAUGGUGGGGAAGGGGCAGGGUGAGAGAGGGGAACUGUGUUAGGCCAGAACAGCCAGAGCUGUGCGCUGCAGCAGUGUCUGGUGCACAACCCAGGAUAAGGAGCUGAGGUCGUUUCAUCCCUCCCCGAGUGAGUUUUUCUUUUUGUUGGCAGAAUUCUUUCAAGUAGGUUAAUCCAUGGGGGGAAAUCUUUCUUAAUCCAGAAGGAAAGAGUAUUGUGACUCCUUAUGAAACAGAAGCUUUGCAGCUGUAAGCUGCUGUCAGUGGCCCCCAGCCCUGAGAGAUUCCAGGGGGCUGGGGAAGAGCCCUUUGCUGUUCAGCUGGCAGGAAAUGUGAAUAGAGACUCUCCUGAAGGAUCAGGGUGGAAUUCAGUGCUGGAGCCUCGUGCUGAAACCCAAACCUGGCGAAGCAAAGGUUGUGUUUCUCUCUCUCAAAGCUCUGUUCUUGACAGCCUUGGAGGAAUGAGGUGGAGUUGGCCGGGCUCCUGCAGGGGAUGGAGUUUGUGACCAACCCGUCCAGAGGUGGCUUCUGCCCUCACCCUUCUGCUCUGGCUGUGUAACAAUUGCUUCAGCUUUUGUUUUGGAUUGUCUCUGCUUCCAUCAUUCCCUCCGGUGACAAAUCCAGUGAAAAUCAAAAAUUCCACAGCACCUGCUGUCUUGUGGACUCUGGCACUGACCUGGUGCCAUUUCCCUGUGCUUUCAUUGAGGAUCCAUGGCAAUUUAUUGGGUUUUGACUAGUGGGAAGUAAUUCCUGUUCUUCAAAGAGCUCUUUAGUCUCACAGAGCCUUUAAUGGAGCUGGGAGAGGUGAGGGAUCAUCCCCAACCCUGUGAGGUCGAGAGGAGCACGCAGGGCUCGUGGUUUGAUGUUGGUGUUUGGAGAGACUGCUGAUCAAAAAGCGAUGUGAAAGGCAGGGCUGUGCAGAGAACUGCUCUGAGAAAUCCCAGCUCCAGAGAGGAAAUGUUUUUAUCCAUUCAUUUGGACAAAAAAGGACAAUGCCCCAGCAGCCCUGGCUGGUUUUUACUGGUCACAGGUGUUGGGCUUUUAGUGGCAACCAGUCCAAGCUUGAAUAGGGCGAGGUCUUAAUCUGCUCUUAAUCAGUUUUGUCCCAUCAGUCUCUUGCUGGGAGCCUGGCCCUGAUGGGAGCCCAGAGUGUGGCUGUGCCCGUCCCCAGCACCCCGGGGAUCCCUGGGGAGUGCCUGUGACUCCUGCAGGGGUGGAGGAGCAGAAAGGGGCUUGUGCAGCUCCUGUGUGUGCCCAGUGAGCAGGAGGAGCCCCAGCUGGGGGCUGGCAGGAUUUGGGGUCUGUGCUGGUGGCUGCCACCGCAGCACAGGGACAGUGACACACCCAGAGAUAACCAAAGAACUUCCCUGCUGAGCUGAGCCAGGUGGGGCCUUUUCCCAGGAGAAGUGGAGCUUCUUUCUUUUCAUGGAAGCUGCUUUCCAUGGGCAGCAUCCUCAGGAAAACAUGGACAGCAGCGAGUUUUCCUCCUUUUUUUGGUGUCCAGCCUCGUGUCUGGGCAGCUGUGAGCACCCUUGAGUUUACAUCCCCCCCUCUACCCCAAAGCUCAGACUUGAGUAAGUUUGAAAUUGUUUUUUCGCUUUGGUGGAUUGUCUGGUGUGAAAUCCUGACCCCUGUAAGAAAUAUUCAGAUGAUAAUAUAUAUAUAUACAAAGCAGAAAAAAUAACCCCCAGACGUUAUCUUGUGAAAUAUACUUUUGUAAAUAAUAUUUAAUUUUUUUUUAAAGAAAUAAUAUAUUUGGUGCUGUUUUCUCAGAGCCCCUCCCUGAGAGCACUUUUUUUUUUGCUGUCGUUGUUUUAUGAUGAUCCUGUUUCCUUCUGUAUUUGUUGAAAAAUAUGUUUAAAGGGAAACAAAACUCAUCAUUGAUGUCCUCUGAAGUGGAUCCCAGUGGAUGUGGCAGGAGGGGGCACUCCCAGCUGGCAGAGCCGUGGCUGGGUCGGGGCAGGAGCCCCCAGGAGGGGAAUUUGGGCUGGGAGGGGCUGGGGAGGGCUCCAGCUCCUCUGCCUUCCCUUGGGGCUCCCACUUGCCUUGGGCUGUGGAACCCAGGCCUGGAAUUUUCUCUUGUAUUGGCUGGAGUGAGGUGGAUCUGGAGCUGCUGUAGGAGCUGGGAUUGGACAGGAGCUGCAGCCUCGGAUUCGCUGUUGCUGGGGGCAGCAGGGAUGGAGGAUGGAGCUUUGAACUCGAUUUUAACCUAAACCACAAAUCUUUGGAUCCUGCUUUUAUUUUUGAGGGGAGGAUUUUUUUGUUGUUGUUGUUUAUUUUAUUUUUUUUUAACCAGGCUGCUACAUAACAAAUUAGAGUAAAAGUUUACCUCUCUUGGCAGUAAAGUUCAUUUAUUUUGUUCUCCUUUCUGUCUAUAAUCUCCCCCUUUCUUUGUUUUUAUUUCAUUUGGUCUCUUGUUUAUCCCAAAGUGGACCAACAGCACAAACCACGGGACUGUUUUGCUGAGCAAGGAGCUGUGCAGGAACUGGUGCAGGUUCUUUAAUUCUCUGGGUUUGGUGCACGCGACCUCAAACCACAGAGGAACAAAACAAACCCUGCGAAAUAAAUCCUGUUGUUCUCGUGAUCAAGUGAGGAUUUUCUGUGCAUGCGUUUUUCUGACUGCUCUGUGAGAGUGUGAAUCAAGCAUUUCACUGCACUCCCCUGCUCUGGGAGGGGCUUCCACGGGAAGCAGUUUUGGGAUGAAGAGGGGACACCAAACCAAGCUCAGCUCAGUGGGAAGGAGCUCUUCCCACCACGGGAGAGGCCUCAGGGCUCAGAAACAAUCAGGUUAGACAGGGAUUUGCUGCAGAAAUCCUGGUGAGAAAGAACAAGCGGAAGAGGGGAAACAAAAUCAUCUUGAAUUCAGAAAAAAUAAAAAUAAAAUCAACAUAUAUAAAUGCAAGCAGAAUGGCAUUGUGUAAGGUACAACCACAAAUAAGCUGUUCUCAUCGUUACAACUGUGUGUAUCCUUUGUUUUGUUCUUCCUAAGGACAUGGGAAUGCUUUCCCCACUGACAAAACUAAGGACAAUAUUUCCAAUACCAGCCUGUCUAUGGAUGCUCUUGUGUUUACAAAUUGUGUAUACUUUUAUUUCUUUGAUCUUAUUUUAAAUUUUUUUUUUUGGCAUAUUCUUUCAGGUCAUUUGCUUCUGUCAUAAAUGCAAUUGUUUGUUUUCAAAUAAUUGGUUUUCACCUUUUCAUGUAUUUGUACAUUGUAUAUAGUUCUUCAGUAUUAGAGGGAGGCGUAUUGUUUGUCAUAUUUACAAUAUGUGUUGGUGCUCAUUUGAGAAAAUAAAAUUUUCCAGUACUAAA